UCUAGUUCCUCCAGCUUUCUCCACGCCUCCGAUACAUUUAGCCUAAGCUUCUCCAGUCCUGAAGUCUGGGCAGAAUGUGCCGGAGACCAGAGCAGCGGUGUCUGCCGAACUAGUGAAAAGCCGCAAGCAGUUCCUGGGUGCAGGUUCGUAAGGCACGCCGGAGCCACGCACGCAGCCCCCGACCGCACAGGUCCCGACACCGACGGGCAGACGGUGGAGAGCACAGCUACCGUCACCGCGUUGCUUUCUCCAAAGUCGCCAGGGCGGGGCCUGAGCUCCCGCCGACGGGCCUCUGAGCCCAGUGCACUCAACAGGCCUCCUCCAAUGAUUCAAAAUUCAAGCCCGGCGCUGCUGCAACCUCAAGAUGUCGGAGACAGGAUGGAAACGUUUAUGUUGCAUCCGGUGAUCAAGGCUUUCCUGUGCGGCUCCAUCAGCGGCACCUGCUCCACCCUCCUCUUCCAGCCCCUGGACCUCCUCAAAACACGCCUGCAGACCCUCCAGCCCACGGUCCCUGGGUCCAGACGCAUCGGGAUGCUGGCUCUGCUCCUGCAGGUGGUCCGCACCGAGAGCCUCCUGGGCCUUUGGAAAGGGAUGUCUCCGUCCAUCGUGAGGUGUGUCCCCGGCGUCGGGAUCUACUUCAGCAGCCUGUACGCCCUGAAGCAGCACUUCCUGCGGGGCCACCCCCCCACCGCCGUGGAGUCGGUCAUGCUGGGGGUGGGCUCUCGCUCCGUCGCAGGGGUCUGCAUGUCACCCAUCACUGUCAUCAAGACGCGUUACGAGAGCGGGAGGUACGGCUACGAGAGCGUCUAUGCAGCCCUGAGGAGCAUCUACCGCAGCGAGGGCCCCCGGGGCCUCUUCAGCGGCCUGACAGCCACGCUGCUGCGGGACGCACCGUUCUCUGGAAUCUACCUGAUGUUUUACACCCAGACCAAAAACCUCGUGUCCCACGACCAGCUGGAUGCAGUCUUCGUUCCCGCUGUAAAUUUCGGCUGUGGGGUAUUUGCUGGUGUUCUGGCCUCGCUGGUGACUCAGCCUGCGGAUGUCAUCAAAACUCACAUGCAGCUCUCCCCGGUGAAAUUUCGGUGGUUUGGCCAGGCGGUGACAAUCAUCUUCAAGGACUAUGGGCUGCGUGGCUUCUUCCACGGCAGUGUCCCCCGGGCCCUCCGCAGGACUCUGAUGGCAGCCAUGGCGUGGACAGUCUAUGAAGAGAUGAUGGCCAAGAUGGGGCUGAAGUCCUGACCGCGAGGGCACCGGGGAAAGAUGGGAUCUGUCGCCCUGCCUGGUUUCUGCCGAGGGCUGCUCCGUCUCACUGUCCUGGAGUGGGAUGAAGUCCUAUCCGGAAAGCCAGGCACAUGUGUCUGUCACCUUGUUACCGAGUUCAAGUAGAGACUAGAUGGGCCCCUGACUCAAGCCUUCGGGAUCCCCCAGAAGAGGAGUCACUGAUAUUUGCAGCACAUUGGGCGGUUAGGAGAAGGGCCCGCACACCCCGCAAGGCUACUUGAAAGCAUUUCCCAAGAGCGAGCUCUGUCAGGGGUCUCUGCUGCAGCCGCCCCCCUACACCGCGGGUGCCGCUUAGGAUCUGUUCUCGGGCAGGGAGUCAGUUGCAAGGCAGGAGAAGCUGUGGGCCACCCGGGCUCCAGCUGGGGGCGGGGGUGUUCUGCAGAGAGGAGUCACUGUCACCAGGCCGAAGCCCACCUCUGCAGUGAUGUUAGGAGGAAGAGGAGAAGGUGUCGCCACUUAAUUGGCCCUCAUCAACUUCACAUAUGCCCUGCAGGAGGGGGUCGGGGACAGUGGCUUCCUAGCCUGUAAGUGUCCCAAUAAAGCUCCUGAGUAUCUUGGCCCCAACACUGGUUAAACUUGGAGUUCUGACAUUUUUCUGCCACUAAAGUUUGGAUAAAUAAAAUGAAGCACUUUAUCAUUGGAAACUGA